AUGCCGGAAAAAGCACAAGCUUCGCAAGCUCAACACCCUUCCGCGGUAUCGGAUAGCCAGGAUCACAAGUUCAAUCCGAAUUUCACUCAGGCGGUAAUCAAUGCGACGGGACCAAAAGCUACGCCCAGGGUCAGACAGCUCACAGCGGGAUUAAUACGGCAUCUCCAUGACUUUGCGAGGGAGAAUGAACUCACAGUCGAUGAGUGGAUGACAGGAGUUGAGUUGAUGAAUGCAGCAGGUCGCAUGUCAGACGCCAAACGGAACGAAGGCCAACUGCUCUGCGACAUUCUCGGCCUCGAAUCGCUCGUCGACGAGAUCACGUACAAGCUCGCCUCUACUGCCGCCGACGAACCCACAGCGACUGCGAUUCUAGGCCCCUUCUACCGCCAUGAUGCUCCGAAACUGCCCAUGGGCUCCUGCAUCGUGUCCAAGGAAAUAAAUGAGCAAGGCGACCGGACAUUGAUGCACGGCAUCGUCACGGACUUUAGAACCGGACAGCCUAUCGAGGGCGCGGUGGUGGACGUAUGGCAUACGGCGCCAAAUGGCCUAUACGAACAACAAGAUCCAGACCAGCCAGAGAUGAAUCUCAGAGGUAGAUUCACGACGGGCAAAGACGGGAAGUAUAGCUUCUACUGCCUGAGGCCAGUACCUUACCCCAUACCUUUCGAUGGGCCAGCAGGCAAAGUGUUGCAAGCGCUGGAUAGGCAUCCGAUGCGGCCGGCGCAUAUACACUUCCUGCUCACAGCGCCGGGCUACAAACCUAUUGUUACUCAGAUCUUCGACCGAACAAGCAAGUACAUUGACGACGAUGCCGUUUUUGCGGUCAAGGAUUCUCUUCUUGUAGAUUUCAAUCCUUUUGAGGGAGAUCCGAAAGCAGACUUUGAGCUGCCGUACGAUUUCAAGAUGGCGAGCUUCGAGGAUGCAAAGAAGCACUCCGUUGCAGGGACGACAGAAGAAAGCGCGUGA